AUGGCUUGCUCUCUUCUCUCUCCUCCUCAUCUCAGCUUCCCAAUCACUUCUCCAUCAUCAACCAACCACACCGUCAAAGCCACAGAUUCCACCGCAACAGCGUUAUUCACCGGUGUCUAUCGGAGAAGUAGAAGAGCUGCAACAGUUGUUGCUAAGGCUUCUGAGAAAGACGAAGAUACGCCGGCUUUCAAUCCUUUCGGAUUCGUCACCGAUAAUCCAUCAAGUCGUAGCGCCAUUCAGCUUCCCGAGAGUCCUGCCGAGGACGGAAACGUCGGCCAAAUGCUCUAUAGAAUAGAAGACAAAGGAAAGGAUUAUGGCUCUUACAUCAAAUCAGGGAAGUUUAGAUGGUUUGUGAGAGAAACAGGUUCGCCUGACAGCCGACGUGGAACCAUUGUCUUUCUUCAUGGGGCUCCAACACAAUCUUACAGCUAUCGAGUUGUUAUGUCUCAGAUGGCAGAGUUUGGGUUCCACUGCUUUGCUCCUGAUUGGAUAGGCUUUGGUUUCAGUGACAAGCCACAGCCAGGAUAUGGAUUUGACUACACUGAAAAGGAGUUCCAUGAUGAAUUUGAUAUAUUACUAGACGUCCUGGAGAUCAAAUCUCCAAUUUUCCUAGUUAUCCAGGGAUUUCUUGUAGGUUCAUAUGGAUUAACUUGGGCCGUGAAAAACCAGAGCAGGAUAAUGAAGCUAGCUAUUUUGAACACACCAUUGACAGUAUCAUCUCCCAUUCCUGGACUGUUUCAGCAACUCAGAAUUCCGCUGUUUGGUGAAUUUACUUGCCAGAAUGCUGUAAUGGCUGAGCGCUUCAUUGAAGCAGUAUUGAGGACCUACUCUUCCCAUCUUCCAUCUUAUAUCAUUUUAGCCAAGCUAAUGAUAUCCAGUUAUGCCCUGAAGAUGGAAAAGGCUGAUGUCUAUCGAUUACCAUAUCUGGCUAGCAGUGGACCGGGAUUUGCUUUGCUUGAAGCUGCUAGAAAAGCAAACUUCAGAGAUGUCUCAAACCAAAUAGCGGCUGGCUUUGCAUCUGGAAGAUGGGAUAAACCAAUAUUGGUUGCUUGGGGAAUAUCAGACAAGUAUCUUCCUCAAUCCGUGGCUGAAGAGUUUCAAAAAGGAAACCCUACUAAUAUCAAGCUUAAGUUGAUUGAAGGUGCUGGCCAUAUGCCACAAGAGGACUGGCCUGAAAAAGUGGUUGAGGCUUUGAGAGUAUUUUUCUAA